AUGAAAUAUAUCAAAAAUGGAAUCUGGGAAAUUGGACACCGUCGACUGCGACCUGCACGAUUCAAGGUGGAAUUGCCCUCAUACCCAAAUAUCGCGGGCAAUUCUCUUCUCCAGGAACCCCCACCGUCACCGUCAUUGCCACUACCACUUCCACUGCCUGUUAAACCCACCCGCUCAACCCUACCAGCGAGCAGAAACCAACCACGCUCUGCACCCAUCCAAUUUACUAUAUAUAAAAGCAUGCCCCACACACUCUCCACGUUCUUCAUCGUGUGCAGCUAUCAGCUAGCUUCCCUCUGGGUCAACUGUACUUCGAAUUCCGGCAGCCUCUCUGCCGCGCCUGCGGAGCCUUCGGGCAAUUUAUAUUCCUCCCACGCUGACCCUGUGCUGCAACCGGUGCGCCCUCAUGCCAGAGGAGUUGGUGUUGGUUCUGAAGCGUCUGUCGACCCUACACGUGUUCCCGGGGGUGAGUCGGAGAGGGUGAUUGCUGAUGUGCUGAGUGAACGUGCGCGGGUGGUACAGGGUCUGGUGUGCAGGGCGGGCGAAGUUGGGAGCAUCUUUGAGACUCCGCGUGUGAGAGUGACGACGUAUGAGAUGGCGAGGAGGCUGUGGAUGGGCAUGGGAGCGACGGAUUUGCCAUAUUGGGAUGGUCGUAGGCAGAUGGUUGAGUCGGGAAUAUAUUGCAGUGCGUUGCACGUUUCAGAGGGAGUACGAGUAUGA